CUUCCUGUCAGCACGAGCCUAAGUGGUUGCCAUUGGCGACUAGACCCGCGCUCACAGGAACAACGGCUCAUAGGGUGCCAUCCCGCGACACAAGAAGAAUGCCAGCAGGAGUUCACCUUGAUGGGAAUCCACUUUCGAUGGAAUCCAUGUCGUCGUCGUUGUGAACAGGUGAAGAGAGGCCCACAGCUUGAGGCCCUGCAGCCUGAAUGAAAUGGCUGCUCUGGUUCGACCUGGAGUCGAUGUGUCACAGCUGUGUAAGGAUGGAGACCAGCUCCUUGCGGUUGGAGAGCUGGGCAGAGCUGCCUCUCUCUAUAUGUCUGCUUUCCGGACUCACGCAGCCUCCACCGUUGCCCACCUGCGAAAAUUGAAUUCAGGUCUGAGUGGGGUGGUCUCUACUUUAGAAGGUUGGCUUGACAGUUGUGGGGAGAACUAGCCAGCUGAGGGUCUUAAUAAAGGUCUCGCUGCUGUGUUUCUCUCCACGCUCUGCCCCAACAAUCUGUCAGCCACCAUUUUCAAGAUGGAGUCCCUCCUUCAGAGUGGUGGGCAUGGCUGCGAGGAGAUUUUCGCUCGCUGCACCGCUCUGCUUGAAGGGAAGCGACACCCUCAUCCACAAGAUGCGACUCACAUGGUGUUGGAGGUUACUCGGGCCCUGGCCUGCUUGUUCUCAGAGCCUCACAGUGUCAAGGGGCUGAAGCUGUACCUCAAAGCUUACCGGACUAACAAAUCUCAAACCGCCACUCUGGUGAGCAGCAGGCAAGCUCAGCACCUACCCAAAAUAGUGAAGGCCUUUAAAGAUCAAUUAUUGCUCAUACGUCCCUCUUUAAUACUUGACAGCGAGUGUGCGCGGACAACUGAGGAGGCGGAGAAGCUGGAUGUCGAGUCUUCUGCGACAAUUAUCGGGUUUUUAUUGGCAAUCUCACCUGGCAGUGCAGAAGUGCAGGAACUUCAUGCGGCGUAUUUGUUUUUGUCAGGUAGGUUUUGGGACAGUGCACAGGUGUACUCUGCCAUUCUGCAUGGUCGUUACUGUCAGAAAACACCAGCGAGUCUUGCAGACAAGUCCUUCGAAGACACUCCUGAAAGGACAGCUCGACUUUUGACCUGCCGAGCAGCUGCCCGCUUGUCGGCAGGUGGACGGACCGCUGAGGCUUGCGGGGAUCUGGGGGAGGCAUUUGAGAUUCAUGCUGCCACUGCCCGAAUUUAUUUUCAAAAGCGAUUCACAGACCACGGUACAGGGCUGGCUGCUCGCAAACAACUCCGUCAGCAGGCGGAGCGAGGCCUGUCUGCUUACAGAGAAAGGGUGCUCAUUCGUCCAGACCUGCGAUCCACUGAAGGAGUUGAGCUCCUGGAUCCUGUGAUCACUCAGUUACAAACCCUCUGCUACCUAGAGCCCGACGGAGGAGGUAGAGAGCUGCGGGUACGGCUGGCCGAAUGUCUUCUCCUUAGAGGGGAACACAAGGAGGCCCUCUCUAUUUGUAGCCAGCUAGCUGCGGCCGAAGGUCAGCCGAGCUAUCAAAACACGGUGCAGGUUCUCCGUGGAUACGCACGACUUCUCUCCGAUGACGCCGAGGGGGCGUUGGAGGACUUCCAGGCCGUGAUUGUACACAACACCCCCCACCCAUCCAGCUGUGUACGGGCACUAUGUGGCAGGGGGCUCUUGCGCAUGAUGGCCGGGUUAAACUACCUCACAGCUCUAGACUUUGUGACAGCCAGCAUGCUGCAAGCCCAGGAAACAGCACUGAGCGUUCGCUGCCUGGUGCCAUGGAACUACCGGGGGCUGCUGUUUACUGUUUUACUGGAGCAGGGACGAGUCAUGCUUGAGGGGACGGGAGGACAUGAAUCCAAGUCUGGUUACAGUGAAGACUCUGAAAAGCCCCAGAAGAAGGACAAAGACAGAUCAGGGACUCCUGCAGGUGUCCAGUCUCUGGCUGCGCUGCUGAUGGAGCUCCAACCAGGCGCUGAUGGGACUCAGAUCCUGGCAGCAGAUGCCUUGUACCAGCUCGGCCGAGUGGAGGAGGCCUACCGGCUACUUCUUUCAGUCGGGCCUACCGGUCCUCGGGCACCCAUCCUGGCCCGUCUCGCACUGCUGCAGCUGAACAGAGGCUUUCUUUAUGACACCAAUCAGCAGCUGAAGAAGCUCAUUCAGUGCGGGAAUACGAGCUGCUUGCGCCCCCUGUUGGCGGUGGCUCAACAGAAGGACCUGGCUUUGCUGCAGGGACACUGCCACGCUGCUGCAAAACGAAGCCUGGAGGGGUCGCCGCAGGAGGGGGACGUCAGGGAAGCUGUGGCAUACCUCUCCAUCGCCAUCAUCGCCUCUGGUGGGGAGGCGGCAGAGUCUUUGCUGGAGAGAGCGAGGUGCUACGCCCGGCUGGGCCAACGAAAGACAGCCAUCUUUGAUUUCAGUGCCAUUCUGAAGAUGCACCCAAAACACGUCCAGGCUCUGUGCGGAAGAGGCUUCACUUAUCUCAUGCUGAACCAAGAAAAGGAAUGCACUCGUGAUAUCCUGGCCGCACUUCAGAUAAACAUUGACAUGGUGACCAAAGACAUCCUGUCGCUCAAAGACACGGCACGGAAGCUGGUGUGUGAUUGGCUGCAUCAGUUCUGUCGGACCAAUCUUUCAGACAUCCUGCUUGCUAAUUCUGUCCCCUGCCACGAAAAGCAGCUAAGCAAUGCUUUUAUAAUUGGCGGAGCGCUGAUGGGCACUGACUGCAGAGACCCCAGAUGGCAUCUCCUCCAUGUGGACACACUUAUAGCCAAAGGUGAAAUCAAGGCGGCAGGCGCUCAUCUGUUCCAGGUGUUUGGCCAAGAGCCAAGAGAUGCGGUGGCCCAGGCCCGGGUGGGUGUGGUGGAGGCCUGGCAGCAGAACUACGGCAGCGCAGCUCGCAGGCUUAGCAAACUGACAGAAAAAGAUUCAUCCAGUCUGCUCUUCCUGCUGGCCCUGAUUCCAAUCGAUCAGCGAAAACGCAUCGCACAGGCUGCAGCACAGGAGGCCAGCAGCGUGUCAUCAGGUGGCCAGUGGGAUCACGCCCUCACAUUCCUGAAUGUGGCAGUACAAGCCGCUGGCAAUCACAGACUCCAGUACCUUCGCCAGCGGGCUGCCUGCCUCGCUCAGCUGGGCUUACACGAGCGGGCCAUAGCCGACCUGGACAGAGUUGUCCAGAAACACAGUGCACCUGACCGCAGCUGCCCGGGUGAUUGUCUGGUCUGGGCAGAGGACCUGUGUCGACGAGGCCGCAGCAUGGUGCUCUGUUCCAGAGAGAGCGCAGCGCUGGAGGACUUCAGUCGGGCCUUGGAGCUGCACAGGACCCAGGCCAUCCAGUGUGUGGAGGCUGGUCUGGGCAGGGUGCGUGUGGCUGAGUGCUUCCUGCGAGGGGCGCUGCAGCACUACGGGGAGCAGCAGCGGGACAAAGCCUGGACAAUGAUUGAGUUCGGCCUCGCUGUGGACAAUGAGAACCCGGAGCUCCGCAGGCUGAGGUCAAGGGUCAAGCGAGAAGUGGCCAGUCCCUGCAAUGUCAACUAGUGUUGAUGAGCAGCACCGUGGCUCCGGCUGAGCACACUCAGUGGGACUAUUUGG